CAGAACCUCUGGCUGGAAUUUUGUUCUGUCGAUCUAUCUCGGAAUUGCCCUACACCCAUGUGUUAUCUCUCCGUAAGGUGUCGUAAGGACGAGCCAGCAUAAUCAUAGCACGAUGGUGUCUGCUUAUUUCAACACACCGCCGGCCAACGAACUCGACGAACGGAUCGUUGCAGGAAUAUUGCUCCUUGCCGGCCUGGCCCCUAAUAUUAAAGAUCCCAAAGAUGGAGUCACAAUUCCACCUCUCCGUCCGACGGAGAAUUACCACUUCGAGACAAAAGGCCCAGGUAUCAUAGCCGCGCUCUCAGUGUGUAUGGUUAUUCUCACGGUUGUCACCUUCCUAAGGCUGGGCAUUCGAUUAUUCGUCCAUGGGGUCCGUUUCGGUGCCGAUGACUGGCUCAUCAUUCCAGCGUAUCUCCUCUCCAUGGCGUACCCAGCGCUUCAGAUCGCUAUGGUCCAGUACGGCGGGGCCGGAAAGCACUUCUACGACAUCACUUAUCAAGAGUAUCGCCAUUACAAAUAUCUCGCACCGUCAGCCGCGACUGUGUUCUACGUCUAUGUGGGACUUCUCAAGAUGAGCAUUGCAUUAUUCAACAUUCGACUCACAACCCUUACAACAAGGUUUUGGAAGAAUGUUAACUGGGCAUUUUUCGUCAUAUGUGCAGCCUACACCUUCGCAGCGCUGUUUCUGAACGUCUUUAAGUGCAACCCUCAGUACGCGAGUUUCGACUUGCUUCGAAUCGCCGAGUCGGGCAAGGUACCGAAAUGUCUGUCCGUCAAUUCCAUGAACAGCAUCCUUCGCCUGAACCUCGCUCUGGACUUCACCGCUCUCGCCAUCCCGGUGAUUGUACUAUGGAAGGUUCAGCUGAGCUGGAAGAAGAAGGCUCGCAUCUUCGGCCUGCUGUCCAUCGGUCUGAUUGCUUGCAUCGCCUCAGUAAUGACCCUUGUCUCGCAGUAUACGUUGGAGAAGGAUCCGCUGUGGAAUUACACGACUCUACUUGCCAUGAUCAUGCUCGAGCUAGUAGUCAGCCUCAUCGCGGCUUGUGCUCCUACUCUUUCCUAUCUCCUCCCGCGCUCCAUGUACUCGAAGCAUUAUGCAUCCAACAGCGCUAGCAAAACGAUAGGGCAGAAGUCAGCCACUGGCUUCGGCUCGCGACUGUCGAAAAAUGACCACGCCUUGCGGGUACGUCCUGUAAAUGGGGAAGAUGGAGACAGCGAAGAGGAGGAACGUCGCAUCAUCGUGAAGGAGGACAUUGAGAUGGAAUGGCAGGGUAACAGACGCAGCGGUGUUCACGUUUCGCAAGUAAGCGAUCGUUCAGGCGAUGAUGGUAGUCUAACAAGCUGGUGUGAUGAUCAUAAGACCGGCGCUGUGAUCUAUGACGGCCGUCAGCACGGAGAGAGCACGAGAGCUUGGGUGAGUACGGACUUGUCAGGAAGGAAUGGCCCUGGUCGUGGGACCCGCCCGGGACACGCGAUAUGAAAUAUGUACACUGAUUGAGGUCUUGCUAUUCUAUUAUCUUGUUAUCGCUAAAACCAAGUAGUGGUUGAAUGAACGGUACUGUCCAUAUUCCAGCUUGCUGUUCAGAACUACGUUGGAUCUUAGCAUGCCAACACACAGUGCUCUGAGAUGCUGUUGUAAUAGCCCAACAAACUGCGCAGGUCCUACUGUUCUUUUUCUCACUUUUGUAUAACCUCUUCAGCCACGGCAGCACAAAGCUCAACCUUCACUCCCGCACCACUGAGCACG